AUGCACGAGGAAGCCACCUCAACGGCUAGUUCGUCCUCGCCCAAAACGUCCUCGAACAUUGUGUACGCAAACGGUAGUGUCGGUGGUGGUAUAAUGCUUUCCACCUCACCGACGUCCGGUCCGGGUGUGGCCUCUUCCUCGACGUCGACAUCAUCCACUGCGUCCUCGGCGUCAGCAUCGUCGUCCGCGGCCAAUCUGUACGAUGUGGUUGUGCAGCAGCAAGACCUGAUGCUCCCGAACAGUCAUCACAGCGCGAACUUUCACGGUCAUCAGCACCAGCAUCUGCAGCAGCAACAGCAGCUGCACCAUCAGCCACAUUCCCAACAAGCGUUACACCACGUAACGUCCAAUUUGACAACAGUAGCUACCAAAAUAAUCACCGUCACCGGACCGAUGGGUGGCACGGGUGGAAUGCAUCAUGCGAUGCAACAGCAACAGCACCAUCUGCAGCACGAACAUAGUCAUCAUCAGUCGCAGCACCACAGCCAUCACAACCAUCUUCAUCACCAUCACCAUCAACAGACGCAUCAUCAGGUGCAUCACGUACAGACGCAACACCAUCAGCCAAGUUCCUCCACGAACGUGAUCGUGCCCGGCACGAAUCACGGAUCCGCCCUGCUAGUUCAGUCUAGCUCCAGCGGCGUUUCCGACCUUCUGCUCGGCCAAGAUCCAAUCACCACCACCACGUCGACAGCGGCCACGACGGCCACGCUGAUCGCACUCACACCCGACGACGUGGUAGAGUCCGUGAUCGAGGGUCGUGUGGUAACGGCAACGGAAGAGGACACACUUCUUAGCAGCCUUGCCGGCGCCACCACCACCUCCUGCACUGCCGAUGGUGUGGUGGAUGAGGUGGAAGAACACGUCGUCACGAUGGUUGGUGCCGAUGGGACACUUCUCAACUGUGGCAGUGAUCCCUUACACUCGGCAGCACAUCCGCAUCAUCGUCAGCAGCAGCCCAGCUCCUCGUCCAGUAUUACGAUCGUUUCGGAGGAAUCCAUACUACCGCUGGCCGUCGUUGCUCCGACGCCCUGCGUGCUGGCGGUAACGACACGAUCACCAGCCUCGUCCACAUCUUGCUCCUCCAACUCGACACCCUCGUCAUCGUCAUCGUCCGCAGCGUGUUCGUCGUCGUCCUCGUCCGGCGUAUCUACGGUUCCUCUGUCCUCGUGCUCGAUCGGUAGUACCUCCACUACCGCGACGACGGCCGUUGCGGUUGCGACCGUCGGUAGUAGUGGUGGAGGGCUUACCGGUACCGGGACCGGUGCUGCCGGCGUCGUUAUGUCCGCCAUGUCGGUCAAUAACGACGCGGCACACCUAACCGAGGAGAUCGAGAUCAAGAUCCCGGAGGAGGACGGUGGUAGCUAUGGGGAGGAUUCCGAUGGCGGCGGCGGUGGCAGUGUCGGUGGAGCCGGCGGUCCCUACCAUCAUGGGGAUGGGAGCGGCGGCGGUGGCGGCGGCAGCAACAGCAACGGCAGCAACGGUGGCCCAGCUGGCGGCGGUGGUCAAACGGCGGCGGGCGGCGGCACAUCCUCGGCAGCGGCGGCAGCAGCGGCAGCCUAUCUGGCGAUACCGGCCUCAGGUACUAGCGGUGGUAGUUGUAGUAGUGGCGGGGGCGCGUCCGGCGGCAGCCUCAUUGAGCACCAAACCGCACUCAAUAGUCUGAGCGUCGUGUCCGCCAUCCAAUGCGAUCAAACUGAUUUGAAAUAUUUCAUUGAAGAGCUGUGCCCGGUGUGCGGCGACAAGGUGUCCGGCUACCACUACGGGCUGCUAACGUGCGAAUCGUGCAAGGGCUUCUUCAAGCGCACCGUCCAGAACAAGAAGGUCUACACGUGCGUCGCCGAGCGACAGUGCCACAUCGACAAGACGCAGCGGAAGCGCUGCCCGUACUGCCGCUUCCAGAAGUGUCUCGAGGUCGGCAUGAAGCUGGAAGCCGUGCGAGCCGACAGGAUGCGCGGUGGACGCAACAAAUUCGGACCCAUGUACAAACGGGAUCGGGCGCGAAAGUUACAGAUCAUGCGGCAACGGCAGCUCGCCCUCCAGGCCCUGCGCGGCUCGAUCGGUGGUGGUGUCGGUAUCGGGACGCUCGGUUCGGACGGUGUGUCGCCACAGUUGCAGGGCCUAGACUAUCACCAACCGUACUCGAGCAUGCACAUCAAGCAGGAAAUUCAGAUACCACAGGUCUCAUCCCUAACGUCAUCGCCGGAUAGUUCACCCAGCCCGAUCGCGAUCGCCCUUGGACAGGUUAAUCCACAGACGACGAUAUCGCUCAGCAGCAGUGGAGUUGGCGGUAAUGGUGGUGGUGGUGGUGGCGGCGGAGGUGGCGGUGGCGGUGGCGGCGGUGGUGGCGGUGGUAGUAAUGGGUCCGGUGCCGGCACCGGCAGCUCCAACUCUAGCGCGACCAGCAUCCAGAACCCACUGUCCGACUCGAAGCUGUGGAUGAGCGCCAACUCGACGACCGCCUCGCCCCACUCGCUCAGUCCAAAGGCGUUCAGCUUCGACUCGAAUCCCACCAGCACGGCCGACUCCGGCAAUCCGGCCGACACCCUAAGGGUAUCGCCGAUGAUCCGCGAGUUCGUCCAGUCGAUCGACGAUCGCGAAUGGCAGACGUCACUGUUCUCGCUGCUCCAGAGCCAGUCCUACAAUCAGUGCGAGGUCGAUCUGUUCGAGCUUAUGUGUAAAGUGUUGGACCAAAAUCUGUUCUCCCAGGUCGAUUGGGCGCGGAAUACGAUAUUCUUCAAGGAUUUGAAGGUGGACGAUCAGAUGAAGCUGCUCCAGAACAGCUGGUCGGAUAUGCUGGUGCUCGACCACAUACACCAGCGCCUGCACAACGGGCUACCGGACGAAACCACCCUGCACAAUGGGCAGAAGUUUGAUCUCUUAGGUUUAGGGCUGCUGGGCGUACCGAGCCUGGCCGAGCACUUUAACGAGCUGCAGAACAAGCUGCAGGAGCUCAAGUUUGACGUUGGCGACUACAUCUGCAUGAAGUUUUUGCUGCUGCUAAAUCCCGAUGUCCGGGGGAUCACGAAUCGCAAAACGGUCGUCGAGGGCUACGAGAACGUGCAGGCGGCCCUGCUGGACUACACGCUUACCUGCUACCCGUCGGUGCCUGAUAAGUUCAGUAAGUUGCUCAGUAUUAUUCCGGAGAUCCACGGAAUGGCAGCUCGGGGCGAGGAGCAUCUCUACAUCAAACACUGUGCCGGCAGUGCACCCUCCCAGACGCUGCUAAUGGAGAUGCUGCACGCCAAACGAAAAUGAAGCUGGCCGGUUGAUCACCCUACUCCACCCACAACAGC